AUGAAGCCCGUGCAUCCCCUCUCAGAUCUCAGCUUCGCCGAGCUGCAACAAGCCGUUGAAAUCGUCAAGCAGCUCCAUGGCCAAACCGAACUCGUGUUCAAGGCGGUCACCCUAGAGGAGCCUCCGAAAAACCGUGUGAUCAAAUACUUGCAUGCUGAGCAGAAUGGGCUGUCUCUGCCACAGAUACCUCGAGUAGCUUUUGCCGCUUACUAUUUCAAGGGCACGGAUACUUUUAUCACAACGUACGUCGAUCUCAGCUCAGGUCUCGUAGAGAGGACUGAGCGCAUGGGCCCAAAGUACCACGGGAAUGUGGACUUCAAGGAGGUUGUACAUGUUGAGGGGAUGGUGAUGAAGAAUCCAGCUGUUAUUGAGGAGAUCAAGAAACUACAGCUGCCUUCUCAUCUCAUGGUAAUCCCCGAGGCUUGGGGGUUCGGCACUGAUGGAGUGGAUGACGCAAAGCGACUAUACCAGGUCUAUAUGUUUGUGGGCGAGAAGUCUAACCCUGACAGCAACCAUUAUGCUCGUCCGCUGGCCUUCUCUCCAGUGGUUGACCCGGUAAAGAUGACAGUGAUACGCAUCGAUCAGAUCCCAACUGGCCGAGACUGGAAGACCAGCGAUACCGCGCCAUGGCGCUACGUUCCUCCGAACGAGUAUGUGCCAGAGGAGACGAAUCUCCGCAAAGACCUGAAGCCUCUGCAUGUUGUCCAACCGUCCGGCCCCUCCUAUGCAAUCAAUUCCGACAAUGUCAUCACAUGGCAAAAGUGGCACGCCCGCAUUGGCUUCAACUACCGAGAGGGCGUCGUGCUUCGGGAUGUCCGUUAUGACGGUCGUCCCAUCUUCUACCGCAUCAGUCUCAGCGAGAUGACGGUUCCAUACGCCGAUCCGAGGUCACCAUACCAUCGGAAGCAGGCGUUUGACCUGGGUGAUGUCGGUGCCGGCCUUGUUUCGAACAACCUCAAGCUUGGCUGUGACUGUCUAGGUGCCAUCACCUACCUUGAUGGGCUGCUCGUGUCCCCCGAAGGCCAGCCGGUGGUCAAAGAGAAUGUGAUAUGUGUACACGAACAGGACAAUGGUAUAGGCUGGAAACACUCCAACUAUCGUACUGACCGUGCGUGUGUGGUUCGGAACCGCGAGCUUGUUAUUCAGCAGAUAUUGACCGUCUCAAACUACGAAUAUAUACUUGCCUUCAUUCUCAACCAGGCCGGGGAAGUUCACUACGAAGUUCGUGCAACCGGAAUUCUAUCCACCGCUGCAAUCGAUCCUGGCUGCUCAGUGCCGUGGGGCACCAUCGUGCAUGACGGUGUUCUAGCCCAACAUCAUCAACACCUGCUCUCCCUCCGAAUCGAUCCCGCCCUGGGCAGUUUCACGGACGGCAAUCGGCUCGCGUAUUCGGAAUGCUAUGCCAUGCCAAUGGAUGAUUUCAACCCACAUGGCAAUGGCUACAUCUCAAAGACCACCCUCGUCGAAAAGGCCGGCGGGAUCGACCUGGACGCCGCGACGAACCGUGUCUUUAUGAUCCAGAAUGCCCAAAUACUCAACCCAGUGAACAAGCUACCGAUCGCAUACAAGAUCCACGCGCCACCUAUGCAGAAGAUUUUGGCUCAUCCGGACAGUUACCACUUCAAACGAGCUGAGUUUGCAGACCACAAUAUCUAUGUCACCAAGUACAGACAUGAUGAGCUCUUCUCGGGAGGAAAGUACACGAACCAAAGUCGCGGUGGAGAAGGAAUCACAAGCUGGGUAGCACGCGGUGACCAUGUCGUCGAUGAGGACAUUGUGAUUUGGGUGCAAUUUGGUCUGAACCAUGUCCCCCGGAUCGAAGACUUUCCAGUCAUGCCUGUCGAAAUAUUGAAGGUGUCACUCAAGCCGGUCAACUUCUUUGAGCGAAAUCCAUCCGUCGACGUGCCUCCCUCGCGGCAGGAGUUCAACUUGUCGACGCUAGUAGAUCAUGGCGCUGUUACCACGAGAUGUUGCGACGGAGAUGUAAGGCGCGAGUAG